UUUGUUAUCGAUAUGGCUGCGGAAGGAAUAAGCCAAUAUUUAUUACUUUGGAGCGUGGACUAUUGGAACUUAGAAGUCAUGGCUGAUGGAAUUUUCAAGUCGAGAGAUAUAGGCCUGCGUGCUCAAAAGAAAAUUCUUUCCCGCAUGGCCACGAAGAAUAUAGCAAAAACCUUUAUAGAUGGCACCACAGCGUCCCUGUUGGAUAACUUAUAUCGUCUUUGUAAAUUACAUACUAACAACAAAGCCAAAGCAGAGAAAAUAAUAAAAAACAUAAUAAAAAUUGUUAUUAAAAUAGGAGUUUUACAUCGAAACCACCAAUUUAAUGAAGAAGAGCAAAAACAUGUAGAAACAUUCAAAAAAAAAUUCCAGAAUACUCAAUUGUCCAUAAUAUCUUUCUACGAGGUAGAUUUUAGCUUUGACCUGCCAUAUUUGCAAAAGUCGAUAACCGAAUCACGCGAAUCUUUAAAACUAAUUGUAAACAGGCAUUUGACAGAGAAGUCACUGACAAGGAUCGACGAAGUUUUCGACUUUUUCACUGAUGCAAAUUUACUAGAGACUGCAUUUAAACCAGACUCACCAUAUCGUGAAGUGAUGGCCAACAUCGUUGCUGAUAUUAAUACUGCCAUGGAAACAGGCGACAUUUAAUCAUAUAUAACAUUUAUUUUACCAAAGAAACAUCAC